AUGUUGCCUGAGGAAGCCCUGAAGUUAAGGAAGAGGAAAGAAAAGGAGUCAGGCAUGGCUCUUUCUCAGGAACGACUGACCUCUGAGGAUGUCGCCAUCGAAUUCACUCAGGAGGAGUGGGAAUUCCUGGACCCUGCUCAGAGGGCCUUGUACAGGGACGUGAUGCUGGAGACCUACAGGAACCUUCUGUCUGUGGCAUUCUGCAUGUGGGAUCUGAGUUCCCUGACUAAGGAUCAAACCUGCACCCCCUGCAUUGGAAAUGCAGAGGAUACCUAUGAUUCUUUUCAUCUUGUAGAUAUCUCUCCUACACAUGUGAUCAAGCAUUUACAACCCACAGCGAACAGUGAUAAACUAGAAACAUUCCAAACAUUGAUGCUGGGAAGCCCUGAAAGCUGUGAAAUCAAACAUGUUCAUCUUUGGGAAAGUCAGGAGAACAUGUAUGACUUUGAGUGUCAGGGGAGAGAUGACAAAAGAAAUUACAAAGGCACACCUGUAAGCCUUAAUGGAAAUGUGCCUGAUGGAAGAGAUGCACAUGAUAGAAAGGAUGGAGGCAUCAAGCCCUUUGGAAAGAGGUUUGGAUUUAACUUUCAGGAUAAACUGCAGAUAUUUCAAACUGGCGGAAUAAUUUCUGAAUAUAAUGAAGCUCAGAGUUCUGUCAACAACAGUUUCUCAUUUUCACCUGUUCAAAGAAUUCCUCCUUGUGUCCAAACCAGUGUUUCUAAUAUAUAUGGGAAUGAUUUUAUGAAUCCUUCAGGAAUAACACAAGAAGUCAAAGCACAGAGGGAAAAACCUUACAAAUGUGAUGAGUGUGGCAAGGCCUUUCGUGUAAAGUCAAUCCUUUUAAAUCAUCAGAUAGUUCAUACUAGAGAGAAACCUUACAAAUGUGAUGAGUGUGGCAAGGCCUUUACUCACAGCUCACACCUCAGGAGAUAUAAGAAAAUUCAUACAGGAAAGAAAUUAUUUAAAUGCGAUAUAUGUGACAAAGUCUUCAGCCAAAAUUCGAACCUUGCUGGUUAUCAGAAGUUUCAUUAUGGAGAGAAACCUUACAAAUGUGAUGAGUGUGGCAAGGCCUUUCGUGUAAAGUCAACCCUUUUAAUUCAUCAAACAAUUCAUACUGGAGAGAAACCUUACAAAUGUGAUGAGUGUGACAAGGCCUUUCGUGUUAAGUCAAGCCUUUUAAGUCAUCAGACAGUUCAUACUGGAGAGAAACGUUACAAAUGUGAUGAGUGUGGCAUGGCCUUUCGUGUAAAGUCAAGCCUUUUAAGUCAUCAGACAGUUCAUACUGGAGAAAAACCUUACAAAUGUGAUGAGUGUGGCAUGGCCUUUCGUGUAAAGUUAACCCUUUUAAGUCAUCAGACAGUUCAUACUGGAGAGAAACCUUACAAAUGUGAUGGGUGUGGCAAGGCCUUUCGUGUAAAGUCGACCCUUUUAAGUCAUCAGACAAUUCAUACUGGAGAGAAACCUUACAAAUGUGAUGACUGUGGCAAGGCCUUUCGUGUAAAGUCAACCCUUUUAAUUCAUCAGAGAAUUCAUACUGGAGAGAAACCUUACAAAUGUGAUGAGUGUGGCAUGACCUUUCGUGUAAAGUCAAGCCUUUUAAGUCAUCAGACAGUUCAUACUGGAGAAAAACCUUACAGAUGUGACGAGUGUGGCAUGGCCUUUCAUGUAAAGUUAACCCUUUUAAGUCAUCAGACAGUUCAUACUGGAGAGAAACCUUACAAAUGUGACGAGUGUGGCAAGGCCUUUUGUCUAAAGUCAACCCUUUUAAGGCAUCAGACAGUUCAUACUGGAGAAAAACCUUACAAAUGUGAUGAGUGUUUCAAGGCCUUUCGUCUGAAGUCAAGCCUUUUAAGUCAUCGGACAGUUCAUACUGGAGAGAAACCUUACAAAUGUGAUGAGUGUGGCAUGGCCUUUCGUGUGAAGUCAACUCUUUUAAGGCAUCAGACAGUUCAUACUGGAGAGAAACCUUUCAAAUGUGAUGAGUGUGGCACGGCCUUUUGUGAUAAGUCAACCCUUUUAAGGCAUCAGACAGUUCAUACUGGAGAGAAACCUUACAAAUGUGAUGAGUGUGGCAUGGCCUUUCAUGUAAAGUCAACCUUUUUAAGACAUCAGACAUUUCAUACUGGAGAAAAACCUUACAAAUGUGAUGAGUGUGGCAUGGCCUUUUGUGUAAAGUUAACCCUUUUAAGUCAUCAGACAGUUCAUACUGGAGAGAAACCUUACAAAUGUGAUGAGUGUGGCAAGGCCUUUUGUGUAAAGUCAAGCCUUUUAAGUCAUCAGACAGUUCAUACUGGAGAGAAACCUUACAAAUGCGACGAGUGUGGCAAGGCCUUUCGUCUAAAGUCAAGCCUUUUAAGUCAUCAGACAAUUCAUACUGGAGAGAAACGUUACAAAUGUGAUGAGUGUGGCAAGGCCUUUCGUGUAAAGUCAAACCUUUUAAGUCAUCAGACAGUUCAUACUGGAGAGAAACGUUACAAAUGUGAUGAGUGUGGCAAGGCCUUUGCUGCCAGCUCAUGCCUCAGGAGACAUAAGAAAAGUCAUACAGGAAAGAAAUUAUUUAAAUGUGACAUAUGUGACAAAGUCUUCAGCCGAAAUUCAACCCUUUUAAGUCAUCAGACAGUUCAUACUGGAGAAAAACCUUACAAAUGUGAUGAGUGUGGCAAGGCAUUUGCUCACAGCUCAUACCUCAGGAAACAUAAGAAAAGUCAUACAGGAAAGAAAUUAUUUAAAUGUGAUAUAUGUGACAAAGUCUUCAGCCGAAAUUCAACCCUUUUAAGGAAUCAGACAGUUCAUACUGGAGAGAAACCUUGUGAUGAGUGUGGCAAGGCCUUUACUGACAGCUCAUACCUCAGGAGACCUAAGAAAAUUCAUACAGGAAAGAAAUUAUUUAAAUGUGAUAUAUGUGACAAAGUCUUCGGCCGAAAUUCAAGGCUUGCUCGACAUCAGACAGUUCAUACUGGAGAAAAACCUUACAAAUGUGAUGAGUGUGGCAUGGCCUUUCGUCUAAAGUCAACCCUUUUAAGGCAUCAGACAGUUCAUACUGGUGAGAAACCUUAUAAAUGUGAUAAGUGUGGCAAGGCCUUUCGUGAAAAGUCAACCCUUUUAAGUCAUCAGACAGUUCAUACUGGAGAGAAACCUUACAAAUGUGAUGAGUGUUGCAAGGCCUUUCGUCUAAAGUCAACCCUUUUAAGGCAUCAGACAGUUCAUACUGGAGAGAAACCGUACAAAUGUGAUGACUGUUCCAAGGCCUUUCGUCUAAAGUCAACCCUUUUAAGGCAUCAGACAGUUCAUACUGGAGAGAAACCUUACAAAUGUGAUGAGUGUGCCAAGGCCUUUCGUCUAAAGUCAACCCUUUUAAGGCAUCAGACAGUUCAUACUGGUGAGAAACCUUACAAAUGUGAUGAGUGUGGAAAAGUCUUCGGUCAAAAAUCACAUCUUCAACUUCACUGGAGAAUUCAUACUGGAGAGAGCCCUUUCAGAUGUAAUGAGUGUGGCAAGUUCUUUAGUCAAAAUGCGAACCUUAAAAAACAUCAGAAAAUACAUACAGAGAAAGCUUUCAAAUGUUUUGAGUGUGGAAAAUCUUUUAUUCAGGUCUCAGCACUCACUAAACAUCAGAAAAUCCAUACAUGAGGGAAACUCAUGUGAAUGUGGUAUAUGGUAGAAGUCUUCAAAUGUCAAAGUUCAAAAUUCACUCCCUACUGUUGCUCAGAGAAUACAUCCUCCUGAGAAACCAUACAAAUAUCGUGAGUGUGGCACAUCUUAGGCUUCAUGAGAAAAUUCAUACUGGAUUGAAGCCUGAUAUAUAUGUAUUUAUUAGUCAGGUCUUUAGAACAUGAAUUCAUUCUAGAAAGAUUCCUCACCAAUUUCACAGAUGUUAAAAAAAAAAAAAAAAAAAAAACCCUAUCCUCUCAUCUCACCAGUAGCAUCAGACUAUUUAUCCUGAAGAAAACACACAGCAAUGUAAUGUGUGUGGCAAGGAUUUUACCCCAAAGUCACAAGAGAGGAACAUAGUGGAGCCAUACUUCCCAGACUCAGUGGUUGUGGCAAAUCCUUUACCUUUUUCACUCUAUGUAUUCUCUGAUGACUUUAGUUCAGGUACUCAGCAACUGCAGUCCAUAUUUGAAGAGACGCUAUAGAGAUCUUUUCAUGUAAAAGAAACCCGAAUUCUACCUCAGCAGAUAUGAUUCUUUGGGACAGUAGUCCGCCAUCUUUUUGGUCU